AUGUUGUAUCUAGAAGAGAAAGUAGAUAAUAUGUUUAAAUUUUUUAUACCUAAAUGUUAUUCUAUAGUUAUUCUUGCUGGCACAUUGUAUAUGCUCCUUCACAAUGUGUCAUUGAUAAAUGAAGAUAAUGGUUUUCAUAUUAUCCCAGUUAAUAAUGUAUUAAAAAGAAAACUAUAUGAAAUAAAUAGUGUAGAUAAACAUAUAAAAUUUUCUGAGUCUUUAGAAAAUGUAAAUGAUUUGGUUAAUAAUACAAAGAACGAAAUUGAGCCUAAAGUACAAGAGAUAUUAUCUCAUAAUGAUAAUAAUUUUAAUUUAUUCAAAAAAUAUGAAUCCAUAUUUUCAGGAUUAAAUAAUGAUGAAGUUUAUAAAACUUAUGAACUUUAUUUAACUGAUGAAAAUGUUAAAAGUAGAUAUAACAAUUCGAAAGAUAGUGAAUAUAAUAAAAAAAUAAAAGAAUUGAAUGAAGAAACACUUAAUAAGAAGACGCUAAGACAUAUAUGGAUAAAUAUUAAAUCAAAUGAAGAACAUAAAUAUUUUAAAAUGAUUAGAAAAAUAUAUCAUAUGUUAAUGCAUAUGAAAGUAAAAUAUAAGGAAGAUAAUAUAUUUACAAAUGAUCUAUGGAGGGAAUGUUAUUCAAAUUAUCUUUCUGAAAAAAAAAAUGUAGAACAUUUAUUGAAAGAAAUGUUUAAUAAUUGGUUUCUUCAUAGUAAUAUUAACUUAGAUGAAUUCAAAAUUAUUAUAUUAGGUACAAAAUUAAUUUAUAGACAAUUAUUAAAUAAUAUUGAAAAGAAAAAUAAAGGAAUUAUAAUUAAUGCAUUCAAAGAAAAAAUAAAAGAAAGAAAAUUACGAAACAGUAAAAUAGCAGAAAUGUAUAAAAUUGACUUUGAAAGGAAAAAUGAAAAAAAGAAAAAUAAAAUGUUGAAUUAUUAUUUAAAAAAAAGAAAUUAUUAUCCAGAAAUGAAUGAUAAAAUAUUUAUCAAGGAUAACAAGUAUAUGACUGAUGUGAAUUAUUAUUUGGAUGGAAAUAAAAAUGAAAUUAAAUAUAUAGAUGCCGAUGUUGAUGAGACGGAUGGGUAUGAUACAAAAUUAUUAUUCGAUGAAAAAAAGAAUCAAGAUAUGGUAAAAACAGAAGAAGGUAUAAUUAAAAAAAUUGAUGAAAAGGUUACAGAACAAUAUGAUGAAGACAAAGUAUCUGAGACAAGAGAAGAUAAUGUAUCAGAAAUAGAAGAUAAUGUAUCAGAAAUAGAAGAUAAUGUAUCUGAAAUAGAAGAUAAUGUAUCUGAAACAGGAGAAGAUAAUGUAUCUGAAGCAGGAGAAGAUAAUGUAUAUGAAACAGGAGAAGAUAAUGUAGUUAAAACAGGAGAAGAUAAUGUACCUAAAAUAAAAGAACAUAAUGUAUUAAAAACAGUAGAAAAUUAUGUAAAGGAAUCAGGUAAACCUAAUGUUAAAGAAUUUGAACAAAAAGUUGAAAAGAUGAAAAUUCAUGAAGAAAAAACAAAACAGUAUGUAAAGGAAAAAGAAGAUAAUGAAUCUGAUGAUGAAACUAUGGCAACAAUUUUUGACGGUACAUCAUCUUAUACUGAUAGUUCUUCUUUAUAUAGUGACCAUUCUUCAACAAAGGAUAAAGAUAUGGACACAUAUUCAUCAAUUCAAGAAGAACUAUCAGAUGCAGGUGAAACAAGAGGAGAGAGAUCAGUAGUAGAAGAAGCUGAAAUAAAAGACGAUGAUUCUGUUUUCGAUGACCAGUAUCUUACUAAUAAUAAACCCAUAGUUUAUGAACAAGCAAAAGGUGCUGGAGAAACACGUUUCAAAAUUGUACAAAAUAAAAAACAUAGAAAGAAGAAAAAGAAAAAUAUACGAAAGAGCCUUGUCUAG